AUGUUUCAAACAAAAGCACCAAGGGCUCCCUUCCUUUUGCCAUUAUACAAGGUUUAUGAAAGUAACAACAUUUUUUUGUGUCAAGGGAAUAUCAUAACGGGGCCAAAUAUUUUUCAUCUAAUUUUUACCUAUGUGAUCAUAAUCAUUACUGUUUUUCCAAUAUACAUAAUUAUAUAUUCCCACAUAGAGACCUUUUUAUUGCUAAUCCUUGAGACACUUUUAAUAACAGCAUUUUUUAUUUUAGUUUUAUUUUUCUUAACGACCACAGCAUUUUGCGAUCCUGGAAUAAUUCCAAAAAAGAGUCAUGUUGACUUAUCUUUACCAAAGGGGAGAACUGCAUUUACAACUGUAAAAGUAAAUGGCACUAUUAUAAAGAACUAUUGGUGCGUACACUGUAACCACUUUAAAGAACCAAGAAGCAAGCAUUGUUACAUGUGCAAUAACUGCGUUACUAAGUUUGAUCAUCACUGUGUAUGGUUAGGAAAUUGCAUAGGGUCCAGGAACUACAGGAGAUUUAUUUUUUUCAUUUUGAAUUUGUCAAUCCUUUCAACAAUUAUCUGCUUUACAUUUAUUGGGAUUUUUAUUUGCCUAUGUAUGAAGGAAUAUCAAAACAUUACAUUAGGAUCAAUUUUUUACACAAUAUUUGAAUAUCCACAUAUCGCAUUGUACAUUAUUUAUACCAUACCGUCAUCCCUUUUGCUAAUUAAUUUAUUCUUGUACCAUUUAAAGAUGAUAUUCUCCAAUAGAACAACAUAUGAAGAUAUUCAAGGCUUAUACGAAGAAGACAAUCCCUUCGAUGAGGGGAAACUCAUGAAUUUAAAAAAGUUUCUUCUCACGCCCGUUAGCAAGAAGCAAGUGGAAUGGACAGAAAUUGUAAAAAUAACAGCGGUGUAG